UGACAGUCUCUGCAUCUCCCUAAAAAAGCUUUUUCACUCUCCAGUCAGUCGACAAGGGGGUAUCACCUCUCCAGACAUCCCCAGUAGGACCAGACCAGAGAGAGAAGUAAGGGCACAGGAGGAGAAAAGAAGAUUAAAAUCACAGGGAUCUGGGAGGUUUGCAAAACAUACCAAAAACAAAACAAAACAAAGCAACAAAACAAUACCAAAAAUUUUCUACCCAGAAAUUUCUUAUCCUAGAAAUCCCUCCAAAACCCACAAUCUAAUGGCUUUAUAAAGAUUGCAACAUUAAUAGGGUGUUUGCCCUAUAUCUGCUUUUUUUUUUUUUUUAAUAUUCCAAGAUCUGAAUUGGGGACAUCUCAAACUAUAAGAAUUGGCACCCCACGGUGGAGGAGGUAAUGACAAUGGAUAUACACACAAGAUGGAAACGAAAGAAUUGGAUAAAAGACUGGCCCCUUUUUAUUGCAUUAGCCUUCUCUAUAUGUUCCCAGUGCAAAGCAGCUGAACCAGCAGAUGUCUUGAAGGUAUUAGAUUUUCACAAUUUACCUGAUGGUCUAACGAAAACAACAGGAUUUUGUGCACACAGAAAAUCUUCAAAGGGACCAGAUGUGGCUUACAAAGUGUCAAAGGAUGCACAGCUCAGUGCCCCUACCAAACAACUGUUUCCUGAUUCCCCCUUUCCCAAGGAUUUCUCCAUUUUGACAACUGUGAAACCGAAAAAGGGAAGCCAGUCAUUUUUGGUGUCCAUCUACAAUGAACAGGGGACACAGCAAAUAGGAUUGGAGCUCGGACGAUCCCCCAUUUUCCUUUAUGAAGAUCACUUGGCCAAACCAAGCCCCGAGGAUUACCCCCUUUUCAGAGGAAUUAAUUUAUCUGAUGGAAAGUGGCAUCGAAUUGCUCUCAGUGUACAUGACAAAGAAGUGACAUUGAUCUUAGACUGUAAAAAGAAAAUUACGAAAACACUGGACCGCAGUGACCAUCCCAUUAUAGAUACUAAUGGCAUCAUUGUCUUCGGGACCAGGAUUUUGGACGAGGAAGUAUUCGAGGGAGAAAUCCAGCAACUCCUUAUUGUUUCGGACCAUCGAGCGGCCUUUGACUACUGUGAACAUUACAGCCCAGACUGUGACACUGCCAUGCCCGAUGCCACCCAAUCUCAAGACCCUAACCCAGACGAAUAUUAUCAAGAAGCCGUGGAAGGGGAAGGAGAGGGUUAUUAUUAUGAAUAUCCAUAUUAUGAAGAUACGGAUGAAAAAACAGAAACUGUUACCUCCAAACCUGCUGAAGAAAAUGCAGAAGUACUGAGACCAGAACCAGAAAUUGAAGAGAAGACAACGUCUACCCCAACUGAGGCCCCUGCUGUUUAUACUACGGAAGCUCCUCAAGUAGAAUCUAACAUUGAAACAGUAACUCCAUCUGUAGGAGAGUAUAACUAUGAAGUGAAUGAGGAGUACUAUACCCCAAGUUAUGAAGAUUCAUAUUCCGAAGGAGAGGAAACAGAAAGCGUUGUCGAUUCUGAAGCGGGUACCGGAGGUGGCUCUGAAAGUUCAGUUGACAGCGUCGUAAGCUCAUCAAAUGAUACGUCACAUAGUAGCUCAGGUGGAACCCAGACAGAAGGUAACACCGAUACGGAUUUCACAGAAGAGGUCAUUGAUACGUAUGAUCCAUACUUUGAUUAUGACACCAGGGACCCUAUUGAUAGCGACGACACUAUAGGAGGCCUGCCUGCUGUACAGACGACUGAAAUUGAGAUUCAGGGUGGAGCUAGAGGAGAAAAGGGACAGAAAGGGGAACCCGCUAUCAUCGAACCUGGAAUGCUGAUUGAAGGCCCGUCAGGACCAGAAGGCCCAGCUGGGUACCCUGGUCCACCCGGAACCACAGGCCCUUCUGGUCCAAUUGGAGACCCUGGAGAACGGGGACCCCCAGGUCGGGCAGGACUUCCAGGCGCUGAUGGAUUACCAGGUCCACCAGGAACCAUGUUGAUGCUGCCCUUCCGUUUCUCAGGAGGAGGAGAUGGAGGUUCUAAAGGACCUCAAGUAUCUGCUCAGGAAUCCCAAGCACAAGCCAUCCUUCAGCAAGCUAGGCUGGCAUUGAGAGGUCCAUCAGGUCCUAUGGGUCUGACUGGAAGACCAGGCCCAAUGGGUUCCCCUGGUCCUUCAGGAUUAAAGGGAGAGUCUGGAGAUUUGGGGCCCCAGGGUCCACGUGGUAUUCAAGGUCCCCCCGGUCCAACAGGAAAGCCAGGAAGAAGGGGCCGUGCAGGCAGUGAUGGUGCUCGUGGUAUGCCAGGUCAAACUGGACCCAAGGGUGACCGAGGUUUUGAUGGAUUAGCUGGUUUGCCUGGAGAAAAAGGACAUCGUGGAGAAUCUGGUCCACACGGACCUCCAGGGCCACCAGGGGAGGACGGAGAAAGGGGCGAUGAUGGAGAUGUUGGACCAAGAGGGUUGCCCGGUGAGCCUGGACCACGCGGUUUACUUGGACCAAAAGGACCUCCUGGGCCACCAGGACCUCAUGGUGUUGCUGGAAUGGACGGUCAAGUUGGUCCCAAGGGGAAUGUGGGACCUCAAGGUGAACCAGGGCCACCAGGCCAGCAAGGAAAUCCAGGGGCGCAGGGUCUUCCAGGCCCACAGGGAGCAAUCGGACCGCCAGGAGAGAAGGGACCAUUCGGCAAACCUGGUCUUCCUGGAAUGCCCGGAGCUGAUGGACCCCCAGGUCACCCAGGCAAAGAAGGCCCAUCGGGAGAGAAAGGAACUCAGGGCCCUUCAGGACCUCAAGGCCCACUUGGAUAUCCAGGACCACGUGGUGUUAAGGGAGCUGACGGAAUCCGUGGUUUGAAGGGAACAAAAGGAGAAAAGGGUGAAGACGGAUUCCCUGGAUUUAAGGGCGACAUGGGACCAAAGGGAGAUAGAGGUGAAAUUGGCCCUCAUGGCCCCAGAGGUGAGGAUGGACCUGAAGGACCUAAGGGAAGAGGUGGUCCAAAUGGAGAAAAUGGCCCUCUUGGUCCUGCCGGUGAAAAGGGAAAACUUGGUGUUCCAGGUUUACCCGGAUACCCAGGAAGACAAGGUCCAAAGGGUUCGAUUGGAUUCCCAGGAUUUCCAGGAUCAAACGGAGAGAAAGGCACACGGGGAACCCCUGGGAAACCGGGUCCAAGGGGGCAACGAGGUCCAACGGGUCCACGUGGGGAAAGAGGUCCAAGGGGAACAACCGGAAAGCCAGGCCCCAAGGGUAAUUCUGGAGGGGAUGGCCCUGCUGGUCCUCCUGGUGAGAGGGGACCACCUGGACCUCAAGGACCCACUGGAUUUCCAGGACCGAAGGGCCCCCCUGGUCCGCCAGGGAAAGAUGGAUUACCUGGUCAUCCUGGACAGAGAGGUGAAACUGGUUUCCAAGGAAAAACAGGUCCUCCUGGUCCCCCGGGAGUUGUUGGUCCACAGGGUCCUACUGGAGAGACUGGUCCAAUGGGUGAGAGAGGACACCCAGGCCCUCCUGGCCCCCCUGGUGAGCAAGGAUUGCCUGGGCAAGCUGGAAAGGAGGGAUCAAAGGGAGAUCCAGGUCCAGCAGGUCUACCAGGCAAAGAUGGACCUCCAGGUUUGAGAGGAUUUCCCGGUGAAAGAGGUCUUCCUGGUCCAAUAGGUUCUCAAGGUCUGAAAGGAAAUGAAGGCCCCCCAGGACCUCCAGGUCCAGCCGGCUCCCCUGGCGAACGAGGAGCUGCUGGCCCAGCUGGCCCAAUUGGGCUACCAGGACGACCUGGACCACAAGGACCUCCAGGACCUUCUGGUGAGAAGGGUACUCCGGGAGAAAAAGGCCCUCAGGGGCCCGCCGGACGUGAUGGCAUCCAAGGACCUGUGGGUCUUCCUGGCCCAGCUGGUCCUGUUGGGCCACCGGGUGAAGAUGGGGACAAGGGUGAGAUUGGUGAACCUGGGCAGAAAGGAAACAGGGGAGAUAAAGGAGAACAGGGUCCACCUGGACCAUCAGGCCCACAAGGUCCCAUUGGCCAGCCCGGCCCCUCUGGAGCUGAUGGAGAACCAGGUCCAAGGGGACAACAAGGUCUUUUUGGACAGAAAGGUGAUGAAGGACCUAGAGGUUUCCCAGGGCCACCUGGACCCGUUGGAUUACAGGGCUUACCUGGACCUUUUGGUGAAAAAGGAGAAACUGGAGAUGUUGGUCAAAUGGGUCCACCUGGUCCGCCAGGUCCCAGAGGUCCAUCUGGCUCCCCAGGAGCUGAUGGUCCACAAGGUCCUCCUGGAGGAAUAGGCAAUCCUGGUGCUGUGGGAGAAAAGGGUGAUCCUGGAGAGUCUGGUGAACCUGGACUUCUUGGAGAGCUUGGACCUCCGGGUCCUAAGGGAGAAAGAGGUGAAAAAGGUGAGGCAGGCCUACAAGGUUCAGCUGGUCCACCAGGUCCUAAAGGUCCCCCAGGAGAUGAUGGUCCAAAAGGUAGCCCUGGUCCCGUCGGAUUCCCUGGAGAUCCCGGCCCUCCUGGUGAACCUGGUCAAGCGGGUCAAGAUGGACCACCUGGUGACAAAGGAGAUGAUGGAGAAUCUGGUCAACCUGGAUCACCUGGACCUACUGGAGAGCCUGGUCCAUCAGGUCCACCUGGGAAGAGGGGACCCCCUGGUCCAACAGGCCCUGAAGGACGACAAGGAGAGAAGGGAGGAAAGGGUGAACCAGGUUUGGAAGGUCCACCUGGAAAGACAGGUCCUAUCGGUCCUCAAGGAGCUCCUGGAAAACCUGGCUCUGAAGGUCUAAGAGGAAUCCCUGGACCUGUGGGUGAACAAGGACUUCCUGGCUCCCCUGGUCCCGAUGGCCCAAGUGGACCACUGGGUCCACCAGGUCUUCCAGGACUGAAGGGAGAUUCUGGUUCUAAAGGAGAAAAGGGUCACCCAGGUUUGAUUGGUCUUAUUGGACCUCCAGGAGAACAAGGUGAAAAAGGAGAUCGAGGACUUCCUGGAUCUCAAGGGUCACAGGGUUCAAAAGGCGAACAGGGUAUUUUUGGACCUUCUGGGCCUGUUGGCCCCCCUGGCCCUCCUGGUUUACCGGGUGGCCCUGGACCAAAAGGUGCUAAAGGAUCAUCGGGUCCAACUGGUCCAAAGGGUGAAACUGGAAUUCCUGGUCCACCAGGUCCUCCGGGUCCACCUGGGGAGGUGAUUCAGCCUCUGCCUAUUCAGUCUUCAAAGAGAACCAAACGUAACAUUGAUGCAAGUCAACUGAUCGAUGAAGGAAACGCAGACAAUUACAUGGACUAUGCAGAUGGCAUGGAAGAAAUAUUUGGCUCUCUCAACUCCUUGAAACUGGAAAUUGAACAGAUGAAGCACCCCUUGGGUACUCAGGGUAACCCCGCUAGAACCUGCAAGGACUUACAGUUGUGCCAUCCUGACUUCCCUGAUGGUGAAUAUUGGAUUGAUCCUAACCAGGGAUGCUCCAGGGACUCCUUCAAAGUUUACUGUAAUUUCACGGCGGGCGGUGAAUCCUGCAUUUUCCCUGACAAGAAGUCUGAAGGAGCUAGAAUUACAUCUUGGCCCAAAGAAAACCCAGGCUCCUGGUUCAGUGAAUUCAAGCGUGGUAAACUGCUCUCCUACGUGGAUGCAGAGGGUAACCCCAUUGGUAUUGUACAGAUGACAUUCCUGAGACUUUUAAGUGCCUCUGCCAACCAAAAUAUCACCUACAAUUGCUACCAGUCUGUGGCGUGGCAUGAUGCCACCACCAAUAGCUACGACAAGGCGAUACGCUUCCUGGGAUCGAACGAUGAAGAAAUGUCAUAUGACAACAACCCAUUUAUUCGAGCUAUAAUGGAUGGAUGUGCAUCAAAGAAAGGCUAUCAAAAGACCGUCUUAGAGCUCAACACACCCAAAGUGGAACAAGCACCAAUUGUGGAUCUAAUGUUCAAUGAUUUUGGAGAUCCAGUACAAAAAUUUGGUUUUGAGGUGGGACCAGUGUGUUUUGUAGGCUAAAACUGUCGCCAAAAUAUUUUUUUACAAAUUUUUUUUUAAAAAUGAGAAAAGAGGCCACUUGCAUAUCAGAACGCCAAGUCUUCAAAUGAGCAACCUUGAAACCUCAUCACAGUUUUUUUUUUAUUACAUGCACAUUCUGAAACUGGGAAGGUGAAGGGUUGUACCCCAAAUUUCCCUUUUUGGCACUACGCCUGGACCACCAAUAUAUUAAGGGAAAAAAAAAAGAAAUUUGCAAACAAUCAUUGACGCUCACAGCCUUGGGAUCACAUGACCUAAACGCCAUCACCUGACAAUCACGUAAAAGCAAGCACAUCCUCUCUCUCUCCACCAAUAUGGCUAUUUACUCCUGCAAAUACAAAUGAAAUGGUCUAUUGGACUCUUUCUAAUCAGAUUAUAGAUAAUUCUUAUCGAGAUGUGUGACAUCAAUUCGGAACGCUAAAGGAUGAUACUUUUUACACAAUUUCACAAUUUAAUAAAGCCAGUUUUUCAUAGGAAACAAAAAGCACUGAAUGCAUAGGUGUGCAUUUGUGCCUGUUGUCCCUCUUUAUUAAAGGUGCUUAUAUUUUUGUAUGUUUGUAAGUAUUUGUAUUGUAUAUUUUAUUUUAUCAUUUUUUUUUAAAGAAAAACAAAGUUACAGUUUCCUGUUUUAAAGAAAAACAAAGUUACAUAUUCCUGGCUUUAAAACAUGCACGUGACUUGGUCUAAAGGAAAAACAGAAGUGUUAAUAUUCACAAUUUAACAUCAAUGUGAAAUUUUCAAAAAAUAAUAUAUUGAACUUACAAAGCACGCGGUACAGUCCCAGUCACCGACAUUUGUUUUUUAAGGAAAUAGAUCUUCAAAUGACUCGUUUUAUUUAAAUUUAUUCUUUAAUAGGGAGGUAACCUGUUACAUGUAGCCAAUUGUCAGUUUGAUAUGAAUUUGUUACACUAUGGUAAUAAUUGAGCUCACUGUGUGUUAUUGUCUCAGUUAUAUUUUUUUGAAGUUUAUUACAUUUACCCCAUCUUCAUUCAUAUUCCUGUAAAAAAGAUCAUUGCAGUUAGGGUAAAAAAAAAAUACUGUUGUGUAAUUAAACCACUAUUAAUGAAUUCAACUGUAAAUUAUAUUUUGAUGGCUCCUAUUCCUCCAUGACCACUUACAAUUGGGCCAAAAAAUAUUUCUAGAACAACAAUGUGCAAAAAUACGAUGCGUUUUGAGACUUCUGUUAAAAAAGGUUUGGCAUUUUACAGUUGAGCUCAUUUAUUUAUUCAGCUGACAUGGCCAAUCGCAUCUUUGUUUAAUGAAAGAGUUGACCUCAAUUUAGUUGAACUUCUUCGAAAAAGGAUUAGAAGAUAAAUAUUGUCCAUCAAAAAUUAAAGCGUGGUUAAAGAAGCAUUGGACUGUGGAUUUUUUGUUUUCCUUUUUUUUUUGUUCUCCCCCCCCCACCCCAUAUUUUUCUUUUCUCUAUCACUUUAUUUAAGCAUCCGGUUUCAGUGUUUUACAGUGGGAGAGUGCCCGUGGUAGGGAUAUGAAAUAUAUAAGAAAUAGGUGCUAUGUAUUCAGUUAUUUUUUUUAGUUAAUUUUCUCCAUUCCUGGUGCUACAUUUUAACUCACUGAUGGUGCUCAACUAUGGACAGAUCUCCCACUGCUUAUUGUUUUCUGAAAUGACCCCACACAGUUCUCUAGCUAGUACAGAGAUAUAAAUGCAUGCUACGUUUUGUAUUCAUAAACUAUGUAGAUAUAAGAAAAUAAAAAAGGAAAAAAAAAAAGAAAAUUGUAUCGUGGUAGCUUCCCAUGUUGAAAUAUUUUUUUUUUUCAUAUUUCUUUUUUUUUUUUACCUAUUGCUUUUUAUAUCACACCAUUUCUUUGUUUUUGUAAUUAUACCAGAUUGUACUCAAAUGCUGAUUUAUUUGUGGUGCUAAGUUAUGUAUUUGUUUUUAACGUACUGAAGAAAAAAAAAAAAAAACAACAACUUUUUUUUUUAUUAUGUGCUGCAGCAGAACUUACUUGUUCCUGGCCUGGAAGGACAAGAAGGAAAAAAAUGUGCAUACCACAAAAAAUAAAUAAAAAUAAAAUUAAAGUUGCCUUAGCAGAGCUAUGUUUACAUGACAAGUACUGUAUGUGGCCAAAACUACAGUGGACCUCACUCAACUAAUAAAAAAGUAAAGUCAAUAAAGGGGACACAUUGUGA